AUGCCAAAAUGCAUAAAAAUGGAUCGUUUUAGAUACAUAAGCGGUGAGGCUUGGCGUGCACUGAUUGCGAUUGAAAUGGGACUUAAAAAUCAUGAGGUCGUUCCUUCGGAGUUGGCACUCAAGAUAUCCCAUCUUAAACGUAGCUGUACUAGUUUCACUCGUCUAGUUCAAGAACAUCUGAUACCGAAUGGAUUGGUAGCCUACGAAAUGGAUAACAGACAUUCAACGAAAGGAUAUCGUCUCACCAACAUGGGGUACGACUACCUUGCUCUGAACCAAUUUUUCAAGUCAGAACAACUAACUAAUUUGGGAACAAUGGUCGGGGCGGGUAAAGAGUCCGACGUUUACACGGCUAUCGCCGGUGUACGGUGUGGACGACCAACAGAAGAAUCAGAAAAUUCCUUGACAGAGUUCCCAGAUGUAGGCGAAGUAGUUAUCGUCAAGUUUCAUCGGCUUGGAAGGACAUCUUUCAGAAAGGUGAAAGAUAAAAGGGAAUACCACCAACACAGGAACAAGUGUUCGUGGUUGUAUUUGGAUCGACUAGCCUCUAAGCGUGAAUUCCAGAUGAUGCAGGGUCUUUAUAAUAAUGGCAUCCCCGUCCCAGUACCAUAUGCCCAUAACAGAAAUGCUGUGUUGAUGUCUUAUGUGAAAGAUAGUUCACCUCUAUACAGACUGCUUCCAAGUGUUUUGACUUCAAAUGAAUCUGCUGUUGCCCGGUCUCUUUAUUAUCAAGCAAAAGACAUAUUAGAAAGAAUUGCUUCUUUGGGUCUUGUCCAUGGUGAUUUUAAUGAGUUCAAUCUGAUGGUUACGAAUUUGGACUCUGCAUCAAAUGUACAUACUGACAUUUCGCCAGAUAGUGAUCCCAAACUUGUUCUUAUUGAUUUCCCGCAAAUGAUAAGCCGUGAUCAUAAGCUAGCUAACAGCAUUUAUGAACGAGAUGCAGAUGGUGUUACUAACUUCUUUAGUCGAUAUUUUAAUAUUCCAACUAGUGAUCUACCAUCUCCCCUUCAUACUAUCAAACGUUAUAAUGAUAUCGACGUACAGUUGAAAGCUCCUGGUUAUAUUCCUAAGAAUGCAACUCAUCGUAGAAUUCAACAUGUAAUAGAUAAUUCUCUAUUGGGUACUGUUGCUCGACUACAAUUGUCAUCAUCAGAAAACAGUGAAACUCAAGAAAACUAUGAUUCCGAAUUGAACGAUACCGAUUCUACAAGUGAUUCACAAACAGAUGACCAAACAGAAUCUGAAAAUGAUGAAGAAUGUCAUUCACAGGAUAAGAAAUGUAAUACAAUUGAAGAAGAUGAUACUAGUAGUGUACGAGUGACAAAAGUUAAAACUAUACCUUCCAUGAUUACUGUUGAAGAGAUUCGUGAACGUCAACGUCGUGAAAGAAGACACCAAAAACAAAUUAAUUUCAAUCGUCAAUUGAAACGGCAUAAUCGUGCUGCUAUCAAACGUCAAGGUCGUCUUAACAUGAAAGUGGAGGCAAUACUUUUUGGAUAA